AUGUCGCUCCUUCCACAAUUCAACACUGAUAAACCAGGCGGACACAAAAUGCUGAAUGUUGUUGACAAACUGCGCGCGCUAAAGGCGAAACUCAAGGAGGGAAAAGGAAAGAACAAUUUCAACUUCUCCGAUGAGUUCAAAAACAGAUUAUUGGAAUUCAACCACCAAAACCAGCAAGCACAGACUGGAAAAAGCGCCCAAGCCUUUCUUCUUAAUCCUAUCUAA